AUGUAUGACAUCGAUAUCUGUAGCACAGGGAUCAGUAAUGCCGUCCAUUCAGACGAUGCUUACAGUUAUAUAUUUAAAGGCAAAUAUUAUUGGAGAGUCGAGUCUUUGGACAAAAAUCGUGGGAUAUUUGGUUUCGCGGAAUUGAUAUCCAAUAAAUGGCCAGAAGUCAAGUCCGAUAUAAGUCUAGUGUUUGUUGUGCCUAAAGAGAGUGGCGACGGUUUUGUCACCAUGAAUGAGUGGAUCGCCUAUGAAAAUGGCAAAAAAUCCGUAAACGGAUUGACCGCCGGUUGGCCACAGUUUGCCGACAGUAAAGUGACGGUCGCUUUCAUCUAUGAUUUCAAAUCGCUGUCGCGGCCAACACUGGUCGCCUCCGGUGCCACAAACGUACGCGACUUUAGCAUCAUUUUUAUGGACUUAUUGCAGAGUCGUGUCAAAAAUAUGGCCCACUUUCGCGGCUUUACUACUCUCGGCGCUCUCAUUGACGUGAAGGGAGUACUCACUUAUAAUAAGUCACUUGUCUUUAUCGCCACCGAUAAGUACUGUAUCAUUGAUAUGAACGACAACGAAGACGAUGCCUACGAGUGUAAACCCGAGUCGCCGGCGUCCAAACUAUUCCAUUGUCCACUUAAUAUAUCCGAUAGACCGACCACUACUACCUAUAGGCCGCCGACCCAUCCAUUGCCGACCAUUAAAUUGGACACAAAUCCCAAUAAAGUCACUCAAACGAGUGGUUCGGGUAAUGAAGAGCCGGGAAAUGAGCCCAAGAAAACGUUAUCAUCGGAUGAGAAGCGCACGGCUUCUAUCGUUGCCAUUAUUGUCAUUAUAAUUAUGGUUAUCGUAUCGGUUGUGGUUUUGGUGGCGGCCGUCACCGUCGCCACAGUGACCAAAAGACCAUCAGGGACACAAUACUAUGAGCAACCAAUCGUCACUAUUUGUAUAAACAUUGAGCUCAACAUCAGUGAUAGCCUAAUCCCGACACCAACUGAUCCCGACCUCACACUAUGCAAAGACAUGCAAAUCGAUGGCGCCUUCUCUGCAGAUGACGGCAAUGACUAUGUCUUUAAAGGCGAAUAUUACUGGAAAUUUGAUUCUAAUAUACCGGCCGUUGUCGACGAGUUUGGACAGUAUUUUUUGGACCGAUGGCCACAAUUGCCGACUCCUAUCACCACAGGCUUUGUUGUUGAGGAUAGCACUCACGGAAAGUCUACUGUUUUCGUAAAGGGAAACGAAUGGUUUCUAUACAGUAAUAACAAACGUAAGACCAGUGGUCAGACCGAUAAGUGGCCAGAAAUGACACCCGAGACCAGAAUUCAUACGGCAUUUACUUACGUGAAUACAUCGCUUGAAUUGAAAGACACGAGUGUUUAUCUGUUUUACGGCGAAAACGAUUUCAUUAAAUAUGUUAUACAAGACAUUGAAAAGCCGGUGUUGAAGGAGAAGGGAAAGGCAAUGAAUGCCGCGCGUAUUCUCCUGUUUUUAUUGGAUAGUUCUGAUCCGAUGAGAGCUCAGGCGACCCGAGGUAUGCCAUUGUUGUGGGACAGACAGAAUCGUGUGUUGAAGGGCGCCAUUGCCAACAAAAACCAUCUCAUGCUGUUUGAUGGGUCCAAGUAUUGCAGGGCUAACAUUACCGAAGUGGGACCACAAUGUUCGCCCGCAAAUACAACAACCAUUUUGAAAUGUCCCCGAAUUGCGAGACCGACCACAACCGUCGCUACAACUAUACCGACAACACAUCAAACAAAUGCCAAUAAACAUACAAAUGAAAUGAUUGUGUUGUUUGACGAGAAGUUUGACGAGAAGUCAACAAAUGUUACCCAAAAACCGAAAAAGUCUGGUAAAAGUCAGGGAAUUGUCUUAUUGUAA